AUGAUUUACAGUAAUCCAGACUAUUAUCUUAAAUUAUUUAAACCUCAGUAUGAUUUAACAAUAGAAAGUGGACCAAAAGAUAUUCUAGAAAAAUAUGACCAACAUUACUAUAUGCCAGCUAGACCAAGUUCAGUGUAUACAAAGUCAGGCACAGUUAAAAUUCGAUCUAUUAUUAAAAGUGAUUCUGUAAUUAUUAUAAAUACAACAAAUAUUGUUCAUAUUAUUG